AUGAGUACGGACGCGGAGAUGCAAAUCUACGGCAAGGCUGCCAUAUACCUCCGUAAGCCUGAGAAGGAGAGGAUGGAGGCACAAACCGCACCGUUUGAUUCAAAGAACGCCUGCUAUGUGGCAGACACCAAGGAGCUGUACCUUAAGGGUCUGGUCACUGCAAGGGCUGAUGGGAAGUGUACUGUAACAGUCACGAAUCCUGACGGCACUAAGGACGUAAGCCUGAUUUGAAAAGUAUUCAAGUUUGUGCAGUAACUAUUUUUCUUUUUAAAAAAUGAAAUCAGUAACAAAAGAUUGAUUAAGAAGCAUUUCUUUGUUUUUGUAAGCAGAAUAUAACCUUCAAACACAUCAUUUCUAUCACUGCUAAUUAAAAAUAGCAUGGAAUUUUCUAUAUUGACUAGUUAAGUAUCACCAUGUAUGUGUCAGUGGUUGAUAACAAAGUAGUUGGAUUGGAUGGGGGUAUGCAUUAUUUUUUUUUUUAAAGAAGCAUUCAGUCAUGUCCUGUUUGAUCUGUGUAUAAUCUAGAUUUCUGACUGUUUCAGGAAGGAAAAGAGUUCAAAGAAGCAGACGUCUACCAGAUGAACCCCCCUAAGUACGACAAGAUUGAGGACAUGGCCAUGAUGACCUACCUGAAUGAAGCCUCUGUGUUGUAUAACCUCAAAGAGCGUUAUGCAGCAUGGAUGAUCUAUGUAAGAUACCUGCAUAAACACACACACACACACAUGAACAUGAGAAACACACACAUACAGUACUACACAUAAAUGAAUGGUAGAAACCAAAACAUACCAAUACAGUAGACCUACAUUAGUAUACCAUAGUACACCUACAUCCUCACAUAAAUCCAGGUAAAAGUCAAUCUGAUUGAGCUAAUCCCCUAAUUUAGUUGAAUCCCUUUCAUCCAGACCUACUCUGGGCUCUUCUGUGCCACGGUGAACCCCUACAAGUGGCUUCCUGUGUACGACAUGGAGGUUGUCAACGCCUACAGAGGGAAGAAGAGGAUGGAGGCUCCACCCCAUAUCUUCUCCGUCUCUGACAACGCCUUUCAGUUCAUGCAGAUUGGUAUGCGCUCUCAUGGAUGAAUGGAUGUCCAUACGUGUUUAUGGCUGGAUGGAUGGAUGCAUGGACGGAAGUUAAAAUAUGCUUUAGAGAGGUAUCUACUGUUUUCAAGUCUAGGUUAGAACAGUUUGCUGGGAAUAUCUGAUUUUUUCUUGCCUUGAAUGGAAAAUGUUCCAAAAUGAAAUUCAUGAUGAUGCUAUGAAUUCAAUAAAGUACCCAUAAUGUUGCUUGAGUGUGAUAAGCAAUAUGUUUUUUGGUUACAGACCAGGAGAACCAGUCCGUCCUGAUUACGUAAGUUCUUUACUAACAUUUCACUUGAGAAAGUAUUUCUGCUGCAAUAUGUUGGGUCUCUUGGGUGUGAUGAAAAUACAUGACAUUAUGAAUGGAUUAGGCUAUGCACAGGAAUGAGUCGAUGAGUGGGGAUAUUUUUUAAUUUAUGUAAGAAAACAGUGUAUUUUUCAGUGUUAUUUCUUAGUGAACGCCAAUCUGACAUUCAAACAUGUGACUAAAACCCCUCUUUCUCUGUCAUAUUAACCAGUGGAGAAUCCGGUGCAGGAAAGACUGUCAACACCAAGCGUGUCAUCCAGUACUUCGCCACCAUUGCAGUUUCUGGUGUCAAGAAGGAAGUUGACCCCAGCAAAAUGCAGGUAGGUUUUACCUUUCUAACACAUUUCAGUUUGGUGGGCUGUGUUCAAGCGAUUGAGAAAAACUAACUUUACCAGUUUCUGAGCAACUUGUGUUUGUCUCAAUCAGGGGUCUCUUGAGGAUCAGAUCAUUGCAGCUAACCCUCUGCUGGAGGCUUACGGUAAUGCCAAGACAGUGAGGAACGACAACUCGUCUCGCUUUGUAAGUACGAAGGGCAUACUGUGAAAGUUACCUUAGAUUGGAAACAUUUAUUUCAGUAGUUCCCUUUUGUUAUAUCAAUAGAUGUCCAACAUUCUGUAACAAUUAAAGGGUCUAUCAAGGUAAAAUGAUAGAUUUAUUUAGUUGACCUAUUUCUAACCCCCAUGCUCUACUAUAGGGUAAAUUCAUCAGGAUUCACUUCCAAGGUAGCAAACUGGCUAAAGCUGACAUUGAGACCUGUGAGUUGAUUUUGAUUUUUUUUUCAAUGCUUUACUAAAUUCACACAGAUUUUUUUUGGGAGAUCAUAAUUAUCUAAUUAUCUAAUUCUCUCUCUCUCUCUCUCUCUCUCUCUCUCUCUCUCUCUCACUCUCUCUCUCUCUCUCUCUCUCACACUCUCACUCUUUGUGUCAAUCGCUCUCUCUUUCUCUCUCAGACCUGCUAGAGAAGUCCAGAGUGUCCUUCCAGCUUCCGGAUGAGAGAGGCUACCACAUCUUCUUCCAGAUGAUGACCAAUCACAAACCUGAUAUUAUUGGUAAGGCAAAGUAGAGGUUCAGGGGGGAAUUUUUCCUACCUCCAUGGAACUUAUCACAAAUGUUCAUAGUCCACACUAUUAAUACUAUUACAAUGAGAACAUCCAUGGUAACAAGGCAUCUAGAUAUGGGUCAGGUCUUUGGGAAAUAUCUAUUACGUAAUGGACUGUGAUGCACUAGUCCACGAGUCUCAGUCCCCUCUUUUGAUGCUAUUUAUUAUAUACUACAUGUAUCCAUCUAUUGAGUAAAGGAGGGAGAGAUACUGUAAAGGUAGGACAGUCACAAUUCUAAGAGAUUUCACUGACAAGACAUUCUCUGUUGUCCAUAGAAAUGUCGCUCAUCACCACCAACCCCUACGACUUCCCCAUGUGCAGCCAGGGUCAGAUCACUGUGGCCAGCAUCAACGACAAGGAAGAGCUGGAUGCCACAGACGUGAGUCAAACAAAGGGUUAAUCAUAUUCUAUAUUUGGAAUGGGUAGGACCACCAUACACACUAAUUGCACUGUUCAAUUCCAACUUGGUGGCAGAUGGGAAUUUUCAUGUAUUUUGUUUUGUUUUAUUCUAAAUGCCUUAUUGUUAGUUAUGCAUGUGCCUCAGGGCAUUCUUCAUGCCUUCACACUUUGCCUUGAGGCACAUACUGUACAUGUAAGACAUCCACAAGAGAGCACCACUAAAUGCCCUGUGGAACUGUGUAAAAUAGAGGUUGACGCGGGAGUGAAAAUUCAUUCCUUUCCCAUCUUGUCCUGUCAAUGUUUUUCCCGAGAAAAAAUCACUCCCGUCCGCUCAUUUUUUGCGCGCAGAAAUACAGUAUGUAGGCUAUUGUGUUUGUUUAGGAAGUAUGUAAAAUAAUUUCAGUAAUGCAAUAUGCGACUUUGAUUGUCUUACGUAUCUUAAUUAAAUGCACUGACUGUACGCCUAAACCUCUCUGGAUAAGAGCAUAUUCUAAAAGACCUAAAUGCAGAUUGAUUAAAGCUGGAGGAUGAGGACAGACAACUGGAGCCUACAGCUGAGCACUGCGCAUACGAGCAUUUACAAUACAUUUACAUUUACAACAUGAACAUAACAAAUAAACCUGAGCGGCAUUACUGCAUAAGUCGAUACAUUUUUAUUUCACUCUUCACCUCAGUUUGCAUGGGUUUAGUUAAAUACACGAACAAUUGGGCUUGACUAUAAAGUUGUUGGGAGUAGAGCAGCUGUGCGCUUCAGGCCGCUUGCCCCGCUCUCCGGUUGGUAGCCUAUUUGAUUAAACCGCAACAUUUUUAUUUUUUUUUACAAGCAGUGAUCUAGCUUCCUUCAUUGUCAGAGACAACUCCAUCAAAUUGAACUAAAACAUAGCUCUUUCCUUGGCUUUAAUGUUAAUGUUAGUGAUGGGACCUUGGCUGCAACAAGACGUUGCAAUUUCUCUAUUGAAGGCUUCAUCAUUUAGCCUACUAACUUAGGUUGGCAUCCGGGGUAGCCUAGUGACUGGCUACAACAGGAGCGAGGGGCGAGAGUGAGCGGACAGAAGCUUUGGGGGAAAUUACAAUAUAUUUAUUUGUAUUAAGUAAACUAUAUUAGGCCUAGCCUACACAUUUUUUUUAUUUUUAUGAAAUGCCCCACACAUGACAUAUUUCCACCCAAAAAAAGUCUGUUUACAACGAUUAAUGUACUGCAUGUUCCUGUGGACUGUAGAUCCUGUCCGAACUUUGAUUCUAGAACUCCGAAUCCUGCCAGAAUCCCGUGGGACCCGCAAGAACCGCGGGAGUCCUAUUCCCGUGUCAACCUCUAGUGUAAAACUCAUUUUGUGCUGCCAACUGCUAGUGUGUUGGCCAAGUGUAAUCAUGUGGAUCUGAGAAGCAGGUCAAAUAUAUCCAUCCGAUUUGUUCUGGUGAGAGCACAGAACUGUAGUGUACUGUAAGUGAGCAAACUACCGUUCAGUUCAUCACUGUUGUACUUCCUGUCUAAUACCAGGAUGCCAUUACAAUCCUGGGCUUCAGUAAUGAUGAGAAAAAUAGCAUCUACAAGCUGACAGGAGCUGUAUUGCACCAUGGCAACUUGAAAUUCAAGCAGAAACAGCGUGAGGAGCAGGCCGAGCCAGACGGCACAGAGGGUGAGUCCCACUCAUAGAUAUACAAUAUGUAAAGCAUUAGUCCCAUUCCCAGUCCCACUCAUAGAUAUACAAUAUGUAAAGCAUUAGUCCCAUUCCCAGUCCCACUCAUAGAUAUACAAUAUGUAAAGCAUUAGUCCCAUUCCCAGUCCCACUCAUAGAUAUACAAUAUGUAAAGCAUUAGUCCAUUCCCAGUCCCAAUCAUAGAUAUACAAUAUGUAAAGCAUUAGUCCCAUUCCCAGUCCCACUCAUAGAUAUACAAUAUGUAAAGCAUUAGUCCCAUUCCCAGUCCCACUCAUAGAUAUACAAUAUGUAAAGCAUUAGUCCCAGUCCCACUCAUAGAUAUACAAUAUGUAAAGCAUUAGUCCCAUUCCCAGUCCCACUCAUAGAUAUACAAUAUUUAAAGCAUUAGUCCCAUUCCCAGUCCCACUCAUAUAUACAAUAUGUAAAGCAUUAGUCCCAUUCCCAGUCCCACUCAUAGAUAUACAAUAUGUAAAGCAUUAGUCCCAUUCCCAGUCCCACUCAUAGAUAUACAAUAUGUAAGACAGACAGCGCCUCAUCAAAGUCCGGCAGGAGAUCAUUUAUGGAGACCAAAUUCCAACCUCCAGAAAUGAUUUGAAAUGAUGGAUGUGGGUUCAAAUCAAAACCUAACCCAUAAAAAACUUGGCCAAACCCUUUUGUCAGUGUGACAUCAGAAUCAAGUGAUCUUGUGUUCCUGAGUCUGUUGUUGUUGGUUCUCUCUCCAGUGUCUGAUAAAAUCGGCUACCUGCUGGGCCUGAACUCAGCUGAGAUGUUGAAGGCCCUCUGCUACCCCAGAGUGAAGGUCGGCAACGAGUAUGUGACCAAGGGACAGACUGUGCCUCAGGUAAGGUGGCCAAACACAGCAUCUACCAUUUUCUGAGCACCAGAAAUAUUUAGGUGAUUAGUGCGUUGCUUGUUUUGAAUAGUGAUGUCUUCUCACCUUCUCACUAUACAUGGUCAAUGUCUCAUGUAUUCAUUUGAGGUAUUAUCAUUGCAGGUUAAUAACUCAGUCUCGGCUCUGGCCAAGUCCAUCUAUGAGAGGAUGUUCUUGUGGAUGGUCAUCCGUAUCAACGAGAUGUUGGACACCAAGAAUCCAAGGCAGUUCUAUAUCGGUGUGCUUGACAUUGCCGGGUUUGAGAUCUUUGAUGUGAGUAUGACACCAGAACAAGACAAUUAGUUGUGAUUGAGAUGGAUUACAGCCCUGUAUGAUGAAAUGAUCCCUUUUCAAAUUCCAUCAACAGUACAACAGCAUGGAGCAGCUGUGCAUCAACUUCACCAAUGAGAAACUGCAACAGUUUUUCAACCACACCAUGUUCGUCCUUGAACAAGAGGAGUACAAGAAGGAGGGAAUCGUCUGGGCCUUCAUUGACUUCGGCAUGGACUUGGCUGCCUGCAUUGAGCUUAUUGAGAAGGUAAACUGUCUGUCAGGAUUGUAAUGGACCUCAACAGCAAAAGCUCAUAGAGAGCGCUGUGUGAGAUAUUAUCACAGUGGUAGAACGUAUCUGACUGUUGAGAACUCUGUUUCCUAUUAUGUGCCGCUAAAUGAAUAUAAUCGUAUAAUAGCAUGUUUUCUAAAAUAAUAAAUGUGAUCCUAAAUGUAAAUAUCACUAAUUUGAUAUACAUCUCUUUUCGUAAAGCCAUUGGGAAUCUUCUCCAUCCUUGAAGAGGAGUGCAUGUUCCCCAAGUCUUCAGACACUACCUUCAAGGACAAGCUGUAUGCCCAACAUCUUGGCAAAACCAAGGCGUUUGAGAAGCCCAAGCCUGCUAAAGGCAAGGCAGAGGCCCACUUCUCCCUGGUGCACUACGCCGGCACGGUGGACUACAACAUCACUGGCUGGCUGGAGAAGAACAAGGACCCCCUGAACGACUCAGUUCUUCAGCUGUACGGGAAGUCCUCAGUCAAACUUAUGGCUACCCUGUAUGUCGCUGCCCCACCUGAGGGUAAGACUAGCAUCACAUUAAAAUAUUUAAUUUAGCAUUAGUUACAACAUUUUCUUUCAAGUCUUUGAAUGUAUCACGAUUUCUCUGGGUUAUUCACUUGGUUAAUUUACUCAUACAAUAGGUGUUAUUUUACACAAUCUCAUUGGCAGCAUUUGCAUUAAGAUACGUGUGAAGUUAACCUGAUAUUCUCUAAUUUAGAAUCAUAUAUCACUUUUCCCCAUUUUAACAGAUACAACCAAGAAAGGGGGCAAGAAGAAGGGUGGUUCCAUGCAGACUGUGUCCUCCCAGUUCAGGGUGAGCUUUUAAAAUGUGUAUAUUCAGGCUUCCUAAAGGUGCAUUGAUUAUCAGAAAUGAUUUCUGAAAAAAUGGUUUGUAACCCUCUUACAGGAGAACUUACAUAAGCUGAUGACCAACUUGAGGAGCACUCAUCCUCACUUUGUGCGCUGCCUGAUCCCCAACGAGUCAAAGACUCCUGGUACAAGAUAUAUUGAGUUAAAUAUGACAUAUUAUCAGUACAGUAUCAGUAACCUUAACGAACCAAUCUUUAACCUGUUAAUGAGACUUGGUUUGUGUUUCCAGGUCUGAUGGAGAACUUCCUGGUUAUCCACCAGCUCAGGUGUAAUGGUGUUCUAGAAGGUAUCAGGAUCUGCAGAAAGGGCUUCCCCAGCAGAAUCAUCUAUGCUGACUUCAAGCAGAGGUACACACACACAAACACAAAUGCACACACACGUACACACACACGCACUCUCGCACGCAACACGCACGCACACACACACACACACACACAAACACACACACACAACCACAAGAAGAUCUGCUCUAAGGGUUUUCCCAGCAUCAGAAUAGGCUUCUCUUUAACGUAAUAUAACCAACCUAUUACGACUUGACAUUUACUACGUCUCCUCAUUCAGGUACAAAGUACUGAAUGCCAGUGUCAUCCCCGAGGGCCAGUUCAUGGACAACAAGAAGGCUUCUGAGAAGCUGCUUGGGUCCAUUGAUGUGAAUCAUGAGGAUUACAAAUUUGGACACACCAAGGUCAGUCAAAUACCCCCAGCAAAAGCUAACAAUAAAACACAACCUCAAUGAUAAUAUAAAUUCUAACCAUUCAAUGUCUCUCCAGUGGAUACAUUCAUCUUUUUAUUAUUUCUUAAAAAUUUGAAAAAACAUUGAUUUCAAUUAAUUAUCAUGUGCAUUGUGUCAGAGUGGUGUGGCUGCAGUUAUCUGUAUCAGUGUACAUUAUUCAUCUACAACUGUAAAAUAACUUACAACUUAUAAACAACCUAUCCCAUGGUUUGUUUGUAAGCAUUGCAAUGUUUAUGUUGGUGAAAUCAAUCUAGUGGCGUUGUUCCUCUCUUUUGAUUCAACCCUUUCUAUCUGUCACCAUCUGACAGAGGUUCCAUAAUUGACCAUGUUUACCUGUGUCAGGUGUUCUUCAAAGCUGGUCUGCUGGGUGUCCUUGAGGAGAUGAGAGAUGAGAAGCUGGCCUCUCUGGUCGGCAUGGUCCAGGCUCUCAGCCGUGGAUUCCUCAUGAGGAGAGAGUUCACCAAGAUGAUGGAGAGGAGGUGA